AACAACCACAACCACUCCAACAACAACCAUAACUCCAACGACCACAACCACUAUAACAACAACCACAACUCCAACAACAAUCACUCCAUCAACAUCCACAACUCCAACAACCACAACUCGAACAACCACAACAACUCCAACAACCACAACAACUCCAACAACAACCACAACUCCAACAACCACAACCACUCCAACAACAAUCACAACUCCAACAACCACAAUCACUCCAACAACAACCACAACUCCAACAACUACAACCACUCCAAAAACAAUGACAACUCCAACAACCACUCCAACAACAACCAUAACUCGAACAACCACAACCACUCCAACAACAACUACAACUCCAACAACCACAACCACUCCAACAACAUCCACAACUCCAACAACCACAACUCCAACUUCCACAAACACUCCAACAACAACCACAACUCCAACAACAAUAACUCAAACAACCACUCAAACAACAACCACAACUCCAAAAAUUACUGCAACAACAACCACUCCAACAACUACAACUCCAACAACCACAAACACUCCAACAACAACCACAACUUCAACAACCACAAACCCUCCAACAAAAACCACAACUCCAACAACAACUACAAUGACUCAAACAAAAAUAACUCCAAAAUACACUGCAAUAACAACCACAACUCCAACAAUCACAUCAAUUAUAAAACCAAUAUCUAAAGCAACACCCAUAUUAUCAACAUUGCCAACAACAACAACAGCAGCAUCAACAUUGACAAUGCCAACAAUUGAAAUAUCCAAAAGACCAACAUUGAAUUUGACUACAACAAACAAAAUUACAACAAAACCUUCAUCCAUAAUGCCAACUACAAAACAGUCAUUAAACUCUAUACCACCAUUAUCAAGAACUCCAACUGCAAUAACAACAGGUAGAACUACAACCAUACUAAACAACAGCAACAACGUCAAAGACGUCAACAAACACAAAAAUUAUAACAACAUCUACUACAUCGUCAACUACUACUACAAUAACUACAUCAACAAUGACAACAAACAACCAUAAAUUAUAACAACAUCUACUACAUCAUCAACUACUACUACAACAACUACAUCAACAAUGACAACAAACAACCAUAAAUUAUAACCACAAGAACGACUCCACUGCAUGAAAACCACCAAAUUGUAUUCAAUAGCCACAUAUCUAUAAUGGACAACCACCAUUACUCAGGGAUGGGGUAAAGGAAUAUUGUAAUUAGCUGUAUUUUUAUAAAGAAAUUGGAUGUAUUUGUAAUUGACUUUGCUUUCAGUGACAAGUAAUUGAAUGUAUUUGUUGCUGAAUAUAUUCCUAUAAAGUCAAGUUUUUUCAAUUACUCUUCAAUUACAUUCUUCAUUCAAACUUAAGAAAUGCAAGUGUCUGAUAAUAAUGGCAUUAGACUGUUUCACUGUUUGUCAUGGGGUGUUUAUGCAAUAAUUAGAUGUCCUAUUGUCUAUAUACUUGAUGCAUAAAUUACAUUCAGAACUGAACAUGUCCCAGAAAUUAUCCAUCUGGAAAUUUUGAAGCCAGAGUUUUAGCAGAAUUCCUCAGAAAGCUUGAAGAUGAAUCAAAGGGUUAAGCAUGCAGGCUUCAAAGUCAUGUCUUCCAAGACAUAUUGAAAUAAACUUCAGUAAUUGAAAUGUAUUUAAUUACAUUCUUCAGAGUAAUUGAAAGUAAUCAAUUACAUUGAUUAAAAUUGAUGUGAUUGUAAUAGCAAAUAAUUGAAAAAAUUAUCAAUGUAACUGGAAGUAUUUAAUUACAUUUUCAUUGUAAUUGAUCCCAUCCCUGCUACCACAACUGUCAGAAUUGCUAAUAUUACUGCUACCAUAUAUACACACAUGUCAAUCUUAACCACAAAGCAAACAACAAUCAUUAUUGCAACCCAAAAAUAACGGCUACCUCAUAAGUAUCAGCCAAUGACUGCCCAACAAUACUGUGCAGCUCCACAGUAUCUGACAAUAUCAACAGCUCCUGGUAAGGAGAGUGCAUAAUGGAAAACGUCACAUUGGAUUUUUGUGUAGAUCUGUAGUUUUACUGUAUAUAGACAGCAGAGGUAAAUACCAUUAAUUUUACAAAUUUUGGUGUGUUCGUGUUAUUUAAAUGUUUAUGAUUAAUGUACAGUUGUACAAAUGUAAAGUGAUAAUUCUUAUCAAUAUGCAAUACAUGUAUAUCACAUAAUUUAUGUAUGGACUAGAAAUGUUUUAAGUGAAAUUUACUUUAAAUGCACUGAGCAGUAUCAUUUCUUCUCUUGAUUUCAUUAUAAUCUACAACUCAUUUGUUGCAUCAAUUUGAUGUUCUCAUCAAAUUUAUUAUGUUUUGUAAACAGGAAUAACUAUCAUGAACAUUUUUUAGCUGUAUUUUAGUUCAUUUAUUUCAAUUAAUACUGAUGAACAAUAAAAAUUGUACAGAAA